UUGCGCCAUUGAGUCGGCUCUCAUUAGAAAAAAUGGAGUGGGCACUGCUUCAGAUUCGCGUCUCCCCAAGGGAGCUUUGUCAAGCCUUGGUAAGGGAACUGAUCGGAUCAUGUCUUCUGAUCGUGACGGGGUGUGGAAGCGUCCUCGCAGCACUUCACAGUAAUCCCGAGUCAUUCAAUCUGACUGGAGUCUCGCUUUGUUGGGGGAUCAUUGUGGCGACGCUGGCCUUGAGCCUGCAAUGCCACAUGAAUCCUGCCGUGACAAUUGCGCUCGCAUCGCUCGGUCAAAUUUCCAUUGUCACUGGUGCUCUCUACAUUAUGACGCAAUGCGUGGGUACUGCUCUGGGGGCGCAGAUCUUGGUGGGUCUUACCCCUUCAAAUUUCACGUGGUCAUUAGGAUCGACCCAGUUGGCGUCGGGCGUGUCCCCAAUGCAAGGUUUUGGAAUGGAAUUCAUCUCAACUUUCAUUCUUCUCUUCUUAAUUUCUGCUUUAAAUGAUAAGACACGUGAGCCACAGGGAUCAGGACCUCUGGCGAUUGGGCUCUUGGUAGCGGCGUUGAUAUUGUUUUGUGGUCCUUUUACUGGGGCGAGUAUGAACCCGGCUAGAUCCUUUGGUCCCUCUCUUAUCACUGGAGACUGGGCGAAUCACUGGCUUUACUGGAUUGGCCCGAUUACCGGCGGUGUCGUGGGGGCUGUCUGUUACCACUUUUUGUUCCAACCCUCGCAAAAAGAAGAAGAAGCAAUAGUAGUAGAAGGAACAGUUGUUAAAAAUGGAAGUAAUGAGCAGAACAAUCAAGUCUAGUCGCAGGUGAAGAAAGCAAUCCUGCCAUUUGGACAAACUUUAAGUUAUCAGGGAUGAAUUUUGUUAUUUAUAAACAUAUUUAUGAAGUUGUACAGUACCGAAAAAAAUAAAGCUUUGUUCAUUUUCUGGAAAUGAAUAUUCUUCUAUCAUUGUUA